AUGAAUAGUUCAUUAUAUUAAAAAAGAGAAUGUUUCUCAUAAAAAAUAAGAAGAAAUGAAAAUGAAAAAAUGUUUUAAGAAAAAAGAAUACCAUAAAUAUCAAAAGAAAUAAUGCAAAAUUUAAUCAAUAUUAAAGAUUAAGAGUCAAUCAAUCGUCUUACAGAUGCUACUACAGGAUCAAAAGAACAAACUUAAGAUUUAAUAUAAAUUGGUGGAUUAAAAUUUUUUUAUGAAUUACUAUAAUCAAAAGAAAAAACUAAUGCUUUUAUUGCUUUAGGUAAUUUAUGUAGUGAGAAAAUUGUUUAAGAAGAAGUUUUAGAAUUAAACAUUAUUGAAUAUAUGAUAGAGGAAGUUCAUAGAUACAAAACUCUUGAAGAUUUGUCUCUGAGAUUAUGGUUCUUAAGUGUGUUAGCUAAAUUUAUUUGAGAAGAAAAUGCUAUAGCAAAAAGAGAAAAACUCUUUCAUAUUUUUUGGAUGUACUAAAAAAAAUAUCCUAAUAUACUAAAAAUUUAGUAAGAAUGUUUUUAAGGAUUCUAUGCUUUAAUAAAAAUUAAGUUUAUAUAAGAUGAAUUAAUGGAAUUAUGUUGCAAUAAUUUAAAUAAAGGUAUUGAUAAUAUCAUCUUAAAAAUUUUGUUUCAUCUUAUUAAUGGCGAUAUGAAAUUUGUUAAGAUUUUACAUGAAAGCCAAUUUAUUUAGUAUUGUGCAAAACAUCUACAAAUUUCUAGUAGAUAAAAAUACACUUUAAGAAUUUUAUAUUAUUAUGCUUAGUAUUAUGUUGAUUAAAUAAUCUAAAAUAAAGAUAUUGUCAAUCAAAUUUUAAUUAUUCAAAAUUCAUAAAAGCAUUAAAAAUAAAUAUUAUUAUUGCAUUAUGCAAUUUUAUUUAAAUGCUCAAGUUAAUAAUUUAUAAAUAUAAUCAAAGAUUUUGAAAUAAUAAAUAAUUUAAGGAUUCUUUUGGAAAAUUUUUAAUUUGAAUAACAAAUAUUAUGUGUUUUAGCAUUACUAAAAGAAAUAAAUAAAGAUUUAAUUAUGGGAUUAAUCCCAGAUUUAGAAAGAAUUUAUGAUAAUAAAAAAGAAAAUGAUAGGUUUCUUAGAAAACUUUAAGUAAUUUUAGAUUGA